ACGCACCAAAAUAAUAACAAGAGAGAGCUCAUUGUGUUUGCCUCACUAGAAACUAUACACAAAAUGGGCAACACAUUAGGAGGGAAAAAGACCACAAAAGUUAUGAAAAUAAAUGGAGAGACAUUCAAGUUUAAAACACCAGUGCAAGCUGAGGAGGUACUAAAGGACCAUCCAGGGCAUGUUUUGUUAGAAUCCGAGGCGGUGAAGCAUUUUGGCAUUCGAGCAAAGCCAUUAGAGCAAUGGCAAGAGCUGAGGCCAAAGAGGCUUUAUUUUCUUGUGGAGUUGCCUGAGUUUCCUGAAGAGAAGAAGCCGAGAAGAGUUCGAUCAUUGGGGAUAAACAUGAGUGCUAAGGACCGGUUGGAGAGUUUGAUGCUGUCGAGGAGGUCGGUUUCUGAUCUGACGAUCAUGAAACCGACCAGCAUUGUGAUGGAUGAGAGGAAAGAGAGGUCGGAGAACGGGGCGGUGAGGUUGAAAUUAAGGGUUCCCAAGGCUGAGGUGGCUAGGAUGAUGAUGGAGAGUAAAGAUGAGGCUGAGGCGGCGGAGAAGAUUUUGGGUCUUUGCAUGGCAAACAAGGUGACUGGCGAUGUCGGUGGUGGUGGUGGUGGUGGUGGUGCACCACCCAUGUGCAGCUCAAUGUUGCACCACCAACAAGUGCAUUGCAUGGGUGGUCAUGAAAGAGUAGUCAAGGAUGGUUGCAAGGCACGCAAGAAGCGAGUUGGUUUUAUGCCGAUCAACGAAGGAGAAAUCCAAGUAGCAGUGGCAUCAUAAAAGAAAACAGCACAAGUUUCCCAAUAAAUCGAAGUUAUAUAUGCUCUAUGAUUUACUUCUUCUCCCUAAAUUUACAAGUGGAGUUCUCUAGCAAUAUUUAGAUUGUAUUUGGAUUUUGAAAUUUUGAAUAGGAGUUUGUGAAGCGAAAGGAAAAAUGAUAGAACAGUAAUAAAAACUUAGCUUCUAUUUUGAUUA